UCGUCAUCGACCCCUUUCACUGCGGCUCCAUCGCCGAGCGGACUGGCCCGCUGCUCUCAUCCGAGACCUCAGUGCAGACCGUCGGAUCUAUUAAACCAUCAACACCGGCUCCCUAAUAGACUCCAGCUGCUGUAGAAAUGCAGGCUAUCAAAUGUGUGGUGGUGGGCGACGGGGCUGUGGGUAAGACCUGUCUGCUGAUUAGCUACACCACCAAUGCCUUCCCUGGUGAAUACAUCCCCACUGUCUUUGACAACUACUCUGCCAAUGUCAUGGUGGAUGGGAAACCAGUGAAUCUGGGCCUUUGGGAUACAGCAGGACAGGAGGACUACGAUAGGCUCAGACCACUGUCUUACCCACAGACGGAUGUUUUCUUGAUAUGCUUCUCCCUGGUCAGUCCGGCUUCCUUUGAGAACGUCCGAGCUAAGUGGUACCCUGAGGUGAGACACCACUGCCCCAAUACUCCCAUCAUCCUGGUGGGCACCAAGCUGGAUCUGCGAGAUGACAAGGAUACUAUUGAGAGGCUGCGAGACAAGAAGCUUUCCCCCAUCACCUACCCGCAGGGCCUGGCCAUGGCAAGAGAGAUUGGGGCUGUGAAGUACCUAGAGUGCUCUGCACUGACCCAGCGAGGCCUGAAGACGGUAUUCGAUGAGGCCAUCCGAGCCGUCCUCUGCCCUCCGCCUGUGAAGAAGAGGGGGAAGAGGUGCACCAUGUUCUGAGGAGGUUGCUUAAACACUACACUACAUCACCAUGAACAACAACCACUACUUCUCUGAGAGGAUGAGAGAGAAAACUAGCGAGAGUGAGUGUGCACUGCUGAGAUUGCUUUCUUUAUAUUGAUGUUUUUUCAAAGCAAUAUUGGCAACAAGACCAAUAUUUAAUCCAAUUUUUUUACCAUUACUGAAUGGGCUCAUAGGUUGUCUGUGAAAGACAUUGACUGUCCACCUACUUUGUACUCAUAGAACCACAUCAAGUUGCCAUGAGGGCCGACAAAGGCUUCUAUUACUCGUCUUCAUACUGCAACAUCUCUUCUUUUUCAGCCAUGCCUGCUUGAAUUAAUGCAGUGUUGACUAGAUAGAAAGUGUACUAUGAAUACGCCUUCAGGUCUGAAGUUACCCUCAGCUCCUGAUCUAAGAUCAGCAUGUGGAGAUAAAGGGCAUGCACACAGAAAUCUGUUGGUAGUGACAGUAAAAACAAGAUACUACCGCCUGCAUUCACUGAAUUUCACAAAUAGAGCAUGGUGUCUUAAAUGUAAAUAAUGUGGUUUUCUAGAAAAAAUGAGAAUAAUAAGAUAAAGGGAGAAUCUGGUUUAUUAAAACCUGGGUCUUAUUUUUGUAGUUUUAGCCCUUAUUCCAAUCAGUAAUAACAUGCAUGCUGUGAUUGAACAACACUGAGGAGUCAGGAAACACAAGAAAGUGCUUUAGAGCAGCUCUAGCUGUUCAUAGUUAACAGUUAAAACUUAAUCUUGAAGCCCUGUCUUGUCGAAAUCUAGUUUAAGACCUUCAUUAUUUCACUAAUUUGCUAAUAUGUUGUAUAUUGUCAAACCAGUGUAUUUAAUCAAAUUACCACACAGACAAUGUGGACCAGGUGUUCUGGUUAAGAAAAGCUGUAACACUGGAUACGGUUGCUUGCCCUUCUCAGCAGUGCAAUGUAGUUGAUACUGAUAGGAAUGAUGGACAAAACUAUGGAAAUGUUCCUCUAAAAGGCUUAUAUGGAAGAGACCUAGCAUAACAUUGAAAAGUAACAGUGACUUUUAACUCCAGUAUCUCUGAACUCAUCACGUUUGAGGCUUUUCUCAUUUAGCCUUCCACAAAUCCUCAAUCCUAACCUUUGAGUUUGAGUGUGAAGGCUCAUUCUUCACCUUGUGAAUAGUAGAAACAAAAGAAUUCCACAAGGUCCACUUACUUAGUGUUACUGAAGCUUUCAGCCACACCUUGCUGCCUGAUCAGCAAAUUAGUUCUCUCAAAAGAAGGCCAUGAGAUGACGCUGCUAUUUACAAGGUCAGGAAUUUAAAUUCAAGCUCAACCUGUGAAUACCUGAGCUUUUAAUUGCGUCUCACAGUUAAGACUUCUGUGGGUCAUUCGCUAAUGAAGCCCAUGGGAUGAAGGCUCUGGAAAAAGCUACUGAGUGAACCUUGAGUUAAAUUGUCAAAUUACCUGAAGUUGUGAUCUAUUUCUUACUUUGGACAAACAUCUGAUCUGAGUCAAGUGUCUUUGGGUAACUUCAUCUAACUGUGAAUAUGUGACAGACAAGCAUGCCAAACAUGGGGGCUGUACAACCUUGCUGCCUGAGUUCUGCCUCUGGGGGUGGAGGAGCUUGCAUGGGUCUUAAAAUAUUCUGUCUUAAUUUAUCCCAUUGUUUAGAUCUUGUCUCCGUUCCUCUGUGUGUGUGCGUGUGUGUGUGCGUGUGAGUGUGUGUGUGCGUGUGCGUGUGUGUGUGUGUCACAGGCGUGUAUAUGAACGCUGGUGUUUGUGUGUGUGUGUGUGGACGAGCACGUGUCGGUAUCAGUGAGACAGCUUUGUUUCACAGUUUGGGGUAGUGCAUAAAAGACAGUAUUGUUUAAGCCAAGUUUUUUAGUGUCCAGUUUUUGGUACUAUUUCAUAUUGUAUUGUAGUAAUACACAAGACUUUUCAACAAUCUGUGGACAAAAAGAAAGAAAAAAUGGAUAUUAAUGACAUCUAGUGAUGUACAGAAUAAUCCUUAUAAAAGGAAUGCGUUAUGUAUAUCUAUCUACAUGUACCUGAAUAUUUAGCUCUUAAAACUAAAACAAUUAAAACUAAAGGGAUUAUAGUCGCUUGUGUUGAAGUUAGAAGUGUUGCUAACAGUGCACAAUAAAGGGGCCAAUCUUUGUAGUUUGUCAUUGUGGCAAACAGUGCAGAUUGCACCUUUUUAUGAAAUGCAUUUCUGUAUGGUUACAGGUCUGCAGUGUGUCUGUCUCCCUCGUGUGGUGAGACGCAGCACUGCAGUCCACUCUGUCAUGCUGUCUUUGGUUGGCAUAGCAAACUGUGGUUGACUCAUGUUGUGUGGUCCUGCCUAGCUGAAGGUGUUGAAAUGUAGAUGAGAAAUGCAGCAAAAAAUUCUAAAAUCUACUAUUGCAUGGAAGUUCUCUGGUUAUUUGACCCACUGUAAUUCUUAGGAGAGGCUGUAUAAUAAAAUGCAUUGGCCAUGUAUGUAUGUAAUGUAAGAUGACUUGUAUACUUGUUCCAACUGUUUGUCUUAUUUUUUAUUACUUCACAUGUCUGUGUGGUGAAAUAUUUCAAUUUUUUGUAUACUAAAUACAAAUGUAUAUGUAAGGUA